UCUUUAUAUCGUGGCACGCUAGUCGCGUGCGUUCAUACUCAUGUGUGAAUGAUUCGAUUAUCGAUCACGGAUCUGCUGAUGAAACGGAACGUGCACGGCACGAAAAUGUUUGCGAGAAAAGUAAAGUGGAGUCCGGCCGCGAGUGGAGUGAAGAUUGCGGAAAACGAUGCUGAUUUGACGGAUUGAUAGAUCUACCGAGAAUCUAAUCGCAUCACAAACAUGCAUCUACAUUUUGAGAAAAACAACAACGCCAAGUGUGACUGCAACAUCUUGUCGCUUAGCUGGAUGGGUAAAGUGCCGGACGAGUCGCCGGAGGACGAAGGAUGGAAACUCGACCGUACAAAUUACUACCAGGAGGGAUGGUUAGCCACCGGCAACGCCCGCGGCUUAGUAGGAGUGACUUUUACUACGUCGCAUUGUCGUACUCGAGCCAUGGAACUUCCACUUAGGGCGAAUUACAACCUACGAGGGCACCGCAGUGAAAUAGGGGUGUCGGUGAUAAAAUCAUUGAUAUUAUUACAUUAUGACGUUACCAAUUAG